AUGCCCGUCGCAGACAGAGAUGCACGAGGAGUGGCUGUUGCCGUCAUGCAAAAGACCACCACCACCCCCGCCGCAAUCAUGGUGACCCCCCAUGCACAAGCAUCGGCAAGGGGGUCGGCCAGGCAGGAUGGUGCUGCGCGGCUGCGCAUGCCCCAACGCGCCAGCCCGGCACGCAAAAGUCGCGCGCGGCUGUCGACCCGAGGCAGGACGCGCGACCGGGGCGGGACCCCGCAGAGGCACGGCGAGUGGCUGGGGCGCGGUGGCACGGACGCGCAGGGACGCGGACCGGGCACAAGGCCGCGGGCUGCCACGUGCGAGCGGAGCGGCCAGCGGCGGGCGCGGUGGCAACUGGUGCAGCCGCGGCAGCCAAUCCGCGCAGCGCUCGCCCGACGCGCCGGGCACUUGGUGCGCCUGGCGGCAGCGGCAGAAGAGCGGCUCCUGGCCCGGCCGUCUGCGAUCCUGCCAUCGGUUCUACGAUCGGCUCUGCCAUCAGGCCUGCCAUCAGGCCUGCCAUCAGAGUCCUGGCAUGCGCUCGCACCUCGCCCUCUUCGCCGCGGCAUUGUUGUCGAUGCCGUUGAUUUGCGUCGCUUUCCCACCGACGACCCCCACCGACGACCCCCACCGACCUCGCCAACAACCACGCACACGCCAGCGCACUGUUACCACGGCACGCAACAAGCAAUACGCGGCCUGCCCGACACUGCCGCGUUCAACAGAUAUGCCUCCGCGCACGUUUUGUCGCCAGCCGUGUCGGCGCGUCGAGGCAGGGCCGCAAACAAAGCACCCGCCUCUGUGCGCGGAUGA